CCGCCGGGCUGGCCUUCGUACAGUCAGUCGUUGGCUGUUGAGCGAGCCGUGCGAGCCCGCCUAACGGAGAACGGGGCGCGCAGCGCGGGUAGGGGGCGGGAGCGCGCUCCCGGAAGCCAGCGGCGAGACCUGGCCCUGGCACUGAGGCUGCUUCCCAGAGCCAGUUAUUUUACGUGGGUCCUGACCGUGGGCGACGAAGGCGGAGGCCGACGGGAGGUUGUCCACAGCGCCACGCGCAGGAGCUACAUGAUGUGGAAUGUAAAAUCACUUGUUUCAUGCUUGGGAUGGGAGCAGAGAGAGGCAGGUGGCUCUGGAAUGUCUGGUGUGGUAUUGAUAGCCAACUAGCUGUGUCACUGUGUUAUGAUGCCGUCUCGUACCAACCUGGCAACUGGAAUCCCCAGUAGUAAAGUGAAAUAUUCAAGGCUUUCCAGCACAGACGAUGGCUACAUUGACCUUCAGUUUAAAAAAAGCCCUCCUAAGAUCCCUUACAAGGCCAUAGCCCUCGCCACCGUGCUGUUCUUGAUUGGCACCUUUCUCAUAAUCAUAGGCUCUCUCCUGCUGUCGGGCUACAUCAGCAAAGGGGGGGCAGACCGAGCUGUUCCUGUCCUCAUCAUUGGCAUCUUGGUGUUCCUGCCAGGAUUUUACCAUUUGCGCAUCGCCUACUAUGCAUCCAAAGGCUACCGGGGUUACUCCUAUGACGACAUCCCAGACUUUGAUGACUAGCAUUCACCUCAGCCUUGAGAAGAGUCACAGUGCAUCCACUUUAAGACAUCAAGCAAGAACUAUAGCUACGGGCUGAGGAAGUCUACAAUGUGCAGAAGUUUAGCAAAACAAUGGCCAGAUUGUAUGAGUUCUUUUCCAAAAUGCUCAUGCUUUAUAAUUAGCUAAUUAGGACAUGGUAUGUUUUCAUCUCCUGGCAAAGCUUGACAAGUUUUUCCACAUGAGUAUGCACCAUGUCAGAGCUGUGAGGCUAAUUGUCUGGGGAGGCAGCCUAUCCUAUAGUGGAAAGUGUUACUCUCCUUAGAGGUGAACCUUUCUUUUGUCUUCCAUUGUCUGCUUGGUUUUGUAGCAUAUGGAAAAUGUAUUAUGUCUAGUUUCUUAUUACUAAGUAAUUUAUUUUUAAAAUUACCUAUCUUAUCUCUCACUCUCCUCUACCAUUACAUCCUAUAAAAUUAAAGUAUCUGUCUUAUCCCUUAUACAUUCCUCUACCUUCAUACACCAGUAAAACCAAAUAUCUGUGGGUCCGCCUGUCAUAGGCUUUUAUUAAAUUGACAGCAACCUGGAAUAUUUAAACCAGGAAGCUGGGUAUGGUGGGACACGUCAUGAUCCCAGCACUUGGGAGGCAGAGCCAGGUGGAUCUCUAUGAGUUCAAGGCCAACCUGGUCUAUAGAGUUUUAGGACAACCAGGGGUACCUGGUGAGAUCCUGACUCAAAAAAGAGAAACUUCUUCUGGUUUCUCCAUAGCUUGCCCACCACAAAACUCAGGUGAUUCUGUCCUUCAUAGGUCAAGAGAUUGGGUGACUCAUACCUUAAGGACUAGACUUUGGCUGUUUCUUCGUAAAACUGUAGAUAAGUGUACUUAAAGAGUUUAUAACCCUACUGCUGGCACCUGGUACUAUGAUAUCAUUCUGCUAAAGAUUGCAAGACUUGGCCAAGAUCCCUGAAAAUGUAUUAAGUCAAAUCUGGUUUUCAGCUUGUAAAAAGUGACAAUUUUUUUCUAA